AUGAGGAGAGCAUGGAGACUUGAGAAUGUAACCUUCUUCCCUUUGGAAUCUGGAAUUUAUGCCAUUACCUUCAUAACUGAGAAAGAACUUUUGAGGGUGUUUGAAACUGGUCCUUGGUCCUUCUCGAGCCAUCUAUUGAUUCUCAAAAAAUGGGAAUCAGAUAUGCCUCCACACCGAUAUGAGUUUGAUACGUGUCCUUUUUGGGUGCAAAUCCACGGACUUCCUUUUGAAUGGCUUACAGAAGAAGUCAUUCUAAGAGCUGUUAAAAGUCUAGGUCUGGUUAUAGAUAUGAAGGUAGAUGCGAAGGGUGUUGUAGCUAACAAAAUUGGGAAGGCGAAAGUCCUCUUAGAUGUGAAAACCCCUUUAAAAUCUGGAUUUAUUGCUUGUAAGGGAGGGAAAAAGCUCUGGUUGGAUUAUAAGUUUGAGAGGCUCCCUAAUUUUUGCUACUCUUGCGGUAGAUUAGGGCACAACGCAAAUUACUGUGAAGAAGUCGAAUUCAAAGAAGGGAAAUCUGAAGCUGAGGAUGAGUGUCUCUAUGGCCAGUGGCUUAAAGCCGAAGGUGAAGCCCUGCAACCUUUCUCUCAGCCCAACCAUAUUCAAGUAGAAAAGGGAAAGAACAUAAUGUUUGGGGAUACAAGUAUGCAGUCGCAGCAACAAGCCAAGAGGGGUGAGGACUUUAUUCCAACCAAUCUGCCGUUUCCAGGUCAGAGCAGUGGCUCUACCUCCCCUGAUGUACAAAUGCUCCCAGAAGUUGCUCAGAACAAGAAGCUUAAAAAGACGAAGAAAGCUGCUGCUAAGAAGAAACGUAGGUACAGCCCCUAUGAAGCACAAAUGGCAAACUCGCAGCUGCUAGAUGAAACUCAAUUGCUGGAUACACCUAUUCAAGUGGUGUCAGGAACAAUGGAAUAG